AUGCAGUCAUUUCCAGAAACUUGACGGGGGUCUGGUGUGCAUGGCGCAGCGAGAGUGACGAGGAAUAUUUGCCUUUGGAUUAUUAAAACCGUGGAUAUUUUUGGAAAUAAUGCAGAAAUCCUGAAAUGAGAGUGUGAAAUGCUAUCACUUCCGAAAGUGUGGAUAACAACCACUGCCACACUGAUGAAUAACACUGGAACGGGUCUCAGGAAUAGCUGCUGCUGCAUUCAUAAACAUUUCUUUAGGACUCACAACAAAUCCUGAGCUCUUGUUUCGUGGUCAAAAAAAAAAGAAGAGACACAACACAUAUUGCUGCUGUGCAAGCGGGUUGACAAUGGCUGAAAAAGGUAAAAUGGAUUUAGAGCAUCUCGGUGGAGUUGUCAGGCUUCGAGAGGAGCAAGAAAAGGUGGUGAAAGACUGCGAAAGUCGGAUACAGCACUGGAAAAAGGUGUCGGGUGAUUAUGAAGCCCUGAAGGACCGUCUUGAAACUCUUCCAGAUCAACUGUCUUAUGACAUCAUGGUGCCAUUUGGCCCUUUGGCCUUCAUGCCUGGGAAGCUGGUGCACACAAACGAGGUCACGGUGUUGCUCGGUGACAACUGGUUCUCCAAGUGCUCGGCCAAGCAGGCUCAGAAGAUAGUCGAUCACAGGAUGAGCUAUGUUACGAGUGAAAUUGAUGAUUUGUCCAAGACGAUGAAAAACUUUGAAGCCAGAGUUGGGCUGGCAAAGGAUUUGGAAACCAUGUCAACCACUAAAGGGGAGUAUGUUGAAAUCAGAGAAGACACCGGAAACAGUGACACUGCUGCCACCAAAGGAAAGCAAAGAGUAGCCCACAAACCAAAUUCUAAGCCUAAAUUGGAUGCCGUGUUGGAUCUUGAAGAGGAGGAUGAGGAGAAUGAGGAGAAUGAAGAAAACAGAAAUGGAGGGAGCAUAAAAGGCAUCAUGAGCAAGGAGGAGUUGUGGGCUCGACUGGAUGAACUGGAGAAACUGGAGGAGCUCCAGGAUGAGCGGGACAGGUUACCUGAUAACGCAGACAUAAAUGGUGAGGACACAUCAUCCUCUUCCUCAGAGGAGGAGAAAGAGGGAGAUGCUGCUCCUCCAGUAAAUGGACUGAGUCUGAAGCCAAGCUGGUCCUCCGUACCCCACAGUAAAGCACCACCCAGCGGAGACAUAAAAGAAGAUGACGAAGAAGAGGAAGGCAGCUGUUUGCCCACCAUUUAUUUUUCUCACACAGUUGAACCCAAGAAGGUGAGGAUAAACACGGGAAAAAACACCACAUUGAAGUUCAGUGAAAGGAAAGAACAGAAAGAACAUUCGAAGAGGAAAAAGAAAAACGGCCACAACGGACACUCGCAUCACGAACUUCACAAAAUCACAACACCAGCAGACAUUUACAGGUUGUUUGUGGAUGUGAAAAACGGGGAGCCCAUCCCUAGGAAGUCCAUCCUAAAGUCACGUAGCCGAGAGAACAGCGUGUGCAGUGACACGAGCGAGAGCAGCGCGGCAGACUUUGAAGAACGCCGGAUGAUCGGUCGCAGCUUCAGCCAUGAUGAGGCAACGCACAGCGACACCAGUGACGGCAUCACGGAAGAGGACAGUCCAACAACAGUGCCGCUGCACCCUGCCAGCCGGUUUGAGGCCUUUUCAGGCACAGUGGUAGAAAAGGACCCAAUGCCUUCGGCUGUCCCCCAUCUGACCAUUGCACCACCAGCUCUGCCAACCAUACUGGAGAGGAAACAGGAGGAGGUGACGCCCGACGUCGCCCCGCCUCAGCAGCCUCCGAAAAGAGUAUCGAAGUUCAAAGCUGCCAGGUUGCAGCACAAGUGACUGUUAGCGAGCAAAUAUCCAUGGUUCACAAUAACUUCUUACUACUUUUUUUUUCUACAACUGGACAAACCAUUCUCUCCACUCCUUUCUUUCACUUGUCUUUGAUUGAUCACCUUUCAGUCUUUCCGGCUUGUGUUAGCUGAUUGCUAUCUGCCAUGUUUUUUUUAAGAAGUCCUGUUAACCUUUCAACUGCUUUUCUGUUGAUCCAUGCUAUUGCCAGUUUAGGUAAGACUGUAGGCUUUGCCACUUAUGAUGAGUUGCCUUUUUUUGUUUCUUUUCAUGUAAUGAUAAUUAAACAGAAUCAGGUGUCAAUUAGAUAUCAUUUUACCUUCUCCUGACCUGCCUAAUGAAUGUAUGUAUUCCUUUGUGACAAGCUUUAUGUAAAGACAAAAAAAAGACUAUUGAUGGAAACUAAAAGGAAAAUAAAUGAUUUUGGCUACAA